CCUUCUUGACACAAUUCCUAAAAGAAUUCUAUCUACACAGAGAUUUCCACAGCUAAAGAAAUUAAAACACAUUCAACCAUGGCUGUGAGUAUGACAAAAAUUCUGCGUGCUACUAAGCCCAGCCUCAGGAGGUCCUCUUCAAGAACUCACAAAGAAAGUGAGGUUCCUAAGGGUCACUUUGCAGUUUAUGUUGGUGAGGGUGAAAAGAAGCGGUUUGUCCUUCCGAUAUCGUACUUGAACGACUCUUCAUUCCAAGAUUUGCUCAGUCAAGCUGAGGAAGAAUUUGGAUUUGAUCAUCCAAUGGGAGGACUCACAAUACCCUGUCCCACACACCCGGGACUCACAGCUCAUGAAGCGGUUGAGUCUCAUUCGGGAUAAGAUUCGGAGUUGCUUUAAUAAUUUGAAUGAUACUAUCUUAGGCCUUAAAUCUCGUACCACUAAUGGAAAAUUAGCCUCCGCUAAGAUCUAUGAAUUGUUAAGAGUCAAGGGUGAAGUUAGGACUCCUAUGAGUUUCAUAUGGAAAUCCUACAUCCCCCCAAAACUCUCUUUUAACGUGUGGUUGGCCUUGAGAAACCGACUUCCUACCCAGGAUAGCCUUGGUUAUCUCCACAUUGUAAACAGGUGCGACUUAUGCAAGGGUGGUUUGGAGACAAUACCACACCUCUUUUUCCUAUGCCCAUUUACGUGUAGGAUAUGGCAGCAGAUAAGGAAUUGGAUGGGACUCGGGCAUGAUAUGACAACGUUGCUAAGUGCAAUUAAGUGGAUCACGAAGACUCAUAGAGGAUCGAAUAUGAAGGCAAAGGCUGCUCGUAUUGCUUUUUGUGCGACAGUUUACUACAUUUGGCAUGCAAGGAACGAAGUUAGAUUUGAUGAUGGCAAGAAGACGGAGGAGGACAUUAUAGCAAAGAUCAAACACGUGGUUUACAAGAUACUCUUUGGUAUCUACCCGCAUGAGGUGGUCACCUUUUGACAUGGACGCUUUGAAGCCUCGGCUUUUAUGGAUUUGUGGAUCUGUGUGCGUGCAGUCUUGCAACAUCGAUUUGUUUUUGACGUGUUGGGGCAUUUAGUAUUGUAUACUUAGGCCCCAGUUUUGAUUUUGACUUUGGGAUUAGAUCAAAUAAAAACCUCUCCCAAUCCCUACAUUAGGUAGGGGUGGGAGGCUUUAGGAGAUCUUGAACCUUUUGAUGUAUAUUUUCUUGGGUGUUAAUAUAUAUUUACAUUUCAUCCAAAAAAAAAAAAAAAAAAAAAAAAAAAAAUCUCUAGCUCGAUUUGAUCAUUAUCAUAGAAUACAGAUAGAGAUGGAAUAGUUUAGUUUAGUGAACAAUUCUUUUUGGGUAUAAGAGUUACCUUGUACAGUCGAGAUACAGAAUACUUCGUAUAAUAUAACUUCAAUACGUUGGAACUUAUUCUGAUUUGUCAUGUUACUCACAACACAGUAACUAAAGCUAGUACAGACAGUUGAUGGAGCACUCUCUUGUAAUUGAAAUCUUGGGGGAGGAAUAUAUUCAUCAAAGAAAAACUUGAUUGAUAAGCCGUUGAUAUUUUAUAAUAAUGUUUUUUAAUUCCUUUCCAAACAUAAUAUUUACAUUUCUGUUGCAAAGCUAUAAAUAUGAACUUUGGAGCUUACUUUAAAUCACAAAUUGAGGGGGCCUUUUAAGUCCUCACCAUCCUGUUCUGCUACAAG